AUGUUUGGAUCAGAAAAUCAAUUUCCAGAAGGUUGUAAUAGUGAUGAAAAUAUUGUUGAUAUUGAUACAAAUUACCGAAGAUCUGGUAAUGAUUUAACAGGAUCACCAGAAUUAUCAUCAUCAUCAUCACCAAUAAAUGAAAUAAACAAUGGCUCAUCAGCAGUACAACGUUUUAUAUUAAUAAUAUUAUUACGUGCUGGAUUUUUGUUGAUUCAUAUUGGUAGUAUACCAGUGACAAAUAUAAAUUUAAUAUUAUUACAAAAUAUAAUUGACAUAUGUUGGAUAAGUAUUGUAUAUUUAUUUAUUGGUUCAAUGAUUGCUUAUACUGAUGAUAUUGGUGGUUUAUUGGGUGGUGGUUAUUGGAUUGAUAAUGAUAAAAUAAAUAAAGAACAAAUAAUAUUUGGAUGGCAAGGAAUAAUAAUAUCAUCAGCAAUUUAUACUAGUUGUGUUGCUGGUAGAAUACAUUCAAUUGGUACACUUAUUAUUGGAAUGUUUUUAUCUGGUAUAAUACAACCAUUUAUUAUUCAUUGGAUUUGGACAAAUGAUGGAUGGAUGUCAAAAAAUAAAUUAUUUGAUAAAGAUGUUGUGUUUCAUGAUAGAGGUGGAUCAAUUGUAUCAACUAUUGGGGGUGUUGUUGGAAUUAUUGGAUGUAUUAUACUGGGAAAAAGAAUAAUGAGGGUUGAUGAUAUUGAUGAUGCUAGUAUGACAACUCAAUCUGUAACAACAAAUUUUCUUGGAUAUUUAUUUGUUGUCAUUGGUCUUCAGAGCUUAUGGAUAUCAAAUUCAACUGGUUAUAAUACUGAGCUAUCAGAUAAACAAUUGUAUCAAGUUAUGAUGAAUAUAAUUAUAUCAAUAUCAGCAUGUACAAUUGUUGUAACUGGUAUUCAUUUUUUUAAAAAUGAACCAUUUAAUCGUUGGACUGUUACAAGAUGUGUACAAGCAACUGUUGGUGGUGUUGUUAUUAUUUCAGCUGGUGCUGAUUUAUAUUCACCAACAGUUGCACUUGUUAUUGGUACAAUUGGAGGUUUAUUAUUUUAUUAUAUAACUAAAAUAUUAUUUAAAAGUCAACUUGAAGACUAUUGUAAUGCUGUAACAACACAUUUUAUUUGUGGAUUUAUUGGCUGUUUAAUUGUGCCAUUUUUUAAUUCAACUGGUGAUAAUUUUAGUUAUGAAUCUGUUGCUUAUAAUUUUAUUUGGCAACUUUUAUGUUUAAUUGUUAUUAUUGGAGCUAUUGUUGUGAUAAUGAUACCUGUUUUUUUGACACUUGAUCAUUUUGGAUUGCUAAGAAAUAAACCAGAAGUUUUAAAUUAUUUAAGAUCUCAAGAAGCUCAAGCUUCUCAAAAUAUUGGACCACCAAGAUCAAUCAUUAAGAAAUUUUUUUUUCCAAAUGAUGAGACAACUUUGAUACAAUCUGGAAGAUUGCCAAAUGAUGUUGUUUCGUCAAAUUCAGUUUAACAUAUGAGAUAGAUGAU